UGCAAAUAUCCAGUGUUACCGACACCACGCUGCUAGGUACAGAACUUGACAUGGCCUAAGCGCGAACCUGCCAAAAUCGGCUUAGUACGAUUCCACGACCACUUACACGACCUUUAUUACCUAGUUGUACACUUUAGAAUCCGUGAAAUCUACCGUACAACUGUCGAUCCUGUGACCUGACCAUAGCAAUAUGCCGAGCGUGUGUAGCAACACAACAUACAAGGUAGCGCUAGGCUCGCUGUCCGCCAUGGAGUGAUCGACACCAACGCUGCACUCUCUUCAUGUCAUUACUGACAGCCUUCUCCCAUCAGAGUACAAUGAUCGAACAACCUCGAGCCUGUGACCAGAUCUCGAUCUCCGGCAAGCUCGGGUCCGGAAUUCAAUGCUACUUCCUAACUAGACUGCCUGCGGAGCUGCGCAUCCGUAUCUAUGAGCUUCUCUUGACAUUCAAUGGCGCACCGAUCAAAUUGCGGCAACAUGUAUCGGGCUCCCCAGACACAGCGAUUAUUCGCACCAACAGGCAGAUCUCGAACGAAGCAAUGGCAGUACUAUACGACCUUAACGUCAUUGUUGUCACGAGGAACGACUUCUGCCUGCUUACGAUAUCGGCAUUGAAGACACCCGUCUUUGCUCAGCACAUUCGGCAUCUACUCAUAACAAGCUUCGGAGAGUCCAUUACAUGCACGUUUUUGAGCGACCAAGGCAAAUGCAACGUGUGCAAGGAUUCUGCGGUGGGCCUGCUGGCGGCACUUUCGUCGAUGCCUUACUUGAAGAAGGCUUACAUCGACUACAGUGGCAGCGCCCAACGCUUCAAACGGUUUCGAGAGCACUGGGGGGAGGUGCAGGCACGUAAUCCGCCUUGUCCUAUAGCCGAAGUUGGUGCCAACCUGGACACAACCUAUGAGAAGCGAUGUCCCGAAGUUGUGUUCUUUUGCACGCGCUCCGGGCAAACAAGGUAUAAGUUGACCGAGCUAUCUCAGCUGAACCCACCAGACUCCGUUGAAGCGCGCUUUUCGCAAGGAGGGUGGAUCUUGAUACGGGGAACACGACCAGUAAUGGAACGUGAUUUCAAGCGAGCAGAUGACGUGCAGGGUCGCACCAAUCGUGUGGAUCGCUAGCUCUGGCUUCAGUACCACCAUCGC